UGGGUAAAGACAAAGAUCCUCACUGGCCCCACUUAAUGCCAGAACAAGCCCAAACACCAGCAAUCUGGCCCGAAAGCCCGCACACAAACUCUCAUCGCGAGGCCCGACCCGUUUUUUCUAUUAUAAAAAGUGGGGUCAAUUUCCUUCACUCUCUCUCACAGUCACAGUCUCCGUCUCCGUCUCCGUCUCCUCCGCCGCGACACACUGCCGCCGCCGUCGUCCAAACCCUAAAAAAAAUGUCCUUCUCAGAUAUGAUCCUCACCAAAUUCCCCGACGAAGACGACGCCUACCGCCCCGCUUCCCCGCCUUCCGCUGCCGCGCCGCAUCCCCCCGCGGACAAUUCUGCGAAGCGAGGCGCCGCCGUCGCCCGGACCUCGGUGAAGGACCGCCACACCAAGGUCAACGGCCGCGGCCGCCGCGUCAGGAUUCCGGCGCUCAGCGCGGCGCGCAUCUUCCAGCUGACGCGCGAGCUCGGCCACCGCUCCGACGGCGAGACGAUCGAGUGGCUCCUCCGCCACGCCGAGCCGUCGAUCAUCGCCGCCACCGGCACCGGCACCGUCCCGGCGGAGUCCGUCUCCAGCUCCUCCCGCGCGCUCCCGCCGUCGCGCCCCUCCGCCACCGUUCAGUCGCCGCUGAGCAGCUCGCUGCAGCAGGUGACCGUGGCCGCGCCGCCGGCGCCGGAGACCGCCUGCCGGCUAAACCUCUUCCAGUCGGCGGCGCCGCCGCAGGCCAUGGCGCUGGGGUUCCCGAUGAACGGGUACCGCCACAUGCCGUUCAUGGCAUUGCUGUUGCAACCGGCCACCGCCGCCGCGGACGACGUCGACGGUUACCGCGGUUUAGCCGGAGAUAAUCACUAGAUUUGUACAUCCAACUAGUAGGAGUAAUUAACUGAUCCUAUCAUUAAUUAUGUUUUUAUUUUAAUAAAAUCUUUUUAUUGGAUUUGCGUC